AUGGCUCCUGAUAGAGGCGCAACUAUCUGGUGGCACCGCUUGCUACAAGAGCUCGCCGUCACAGCCCCUUUGGCUCUUGGGGGAUACUACCUCGUCAGAUACAUCCUGAAACAGAUGAACUUCGAUCCGGAGGCCGACCAGAAAGAGCAAAACAGAUUACGGUCGGCGGCAAUUCUGCGACGACUCGAUCAACCGGAGACCGACAUCCUCAGUUUGCCUCUAGACAGGCAGAGACCUUUGAAAGAACAACUGAAUUUGACGAGCUAUGAACAAGUCAUUCUACAAGAUUUGGUGUUUCCUGAGGAUAUCCCUGUAUCUUUCGACGACAUUGGUGGCUUGACAGAUAUCAUUGAAGAACUAAGGGAAUCUGUGAUAUAUCCUCUCACAAUGCCCGAACUCUACUCAACAUCAUCGUCCCUACUUACAGCACCUUCCGGAGUACUGCUCUAUGGCCAACCUGGCUGUGGAAAAACAAUGCUUGCCAAAGCGCUGGCUCACGAGAGCGGCGCAUGUUUUAUAAACCUUCACAUCUCAACACUCACCGAAAAAUGGUUCGGCGAUUCGAACAAACUUGUCAACGCUGUCUUCUCCCUGGCCCGUAAAUUGGAGCCAGCCAUCGUCUUCAUUGAUGAGAUUGAUGCUGUGCUAGGAACGCGUCACAGUGGCGAGCAUGAGGCGAGUGGGAUGGUAAAGGCAGAAUUCAUGACACAUUGGGAUGGGUUGGCAUCCGCAAGCUCAUCCGGUCGACCUCAACGCAUUCUAGUCCUUGGUGCCACCAAUCGUAUGCAGGACAUUGAUGAUGCGAUACUACGACGGAUGCCCAAAAAGUUCCCCAUUUCUUUACCAAACGCCUCCCAGCGGUUAAAGAUUCUCAAACUCAUACUCAGGGAGACCAAGGUGGACAAGGAGCAACUCGACAUGGAGUAUCUCUCCAGAGUGAUGGCCGGAAUGUCGGGGAGCGAGAUCAAAGAAGCUUGUAGGGAAGCUGCGAUGGCUCCCGUACGAGAGAUGAUUCAGCGUCAAAGGGAGAGUGGGCAACGUAUGGAAAACAUGAAGCCUGGCGAGGUUCGCGGUCUUAGAACAUCCGACUUCUUUGCACGUACAAUGGCAUCAAAACCAGCUAAAGGUGCGAUAGACGAGCAAGAGGGCCGAGAAUGGAGUACCGAACCAUCGUCUCCUGGAGGUGACUCGGAUAUGAUGGAGGAAGCAGUGGAAGAAAUCAAACAAUAG